AUGAGCCCGCUUCUCUCGUCUUCAAAUCAACCAAUAAUUGAACCCACAGGCUCUCCGCAGCAAACACUCAUUUCAUCCCUAACUUCAAGUUCAGUUCCUCAAGCCCCGAAAUCGCUAGCCAACAGUAAUGUGUUGCUUGCUACAGCCAUACUUUCAGUAAAAAAUCGCUCAGGCAACUUCGUUCCAUGUCGUGCUAUUCUCGACUCGGCCUCUCAAAUAAAUUUUGUAACUACUCGCUUGGCAAAUCUGCUGCAACUUCCAUUAAAACAAUCAACAAUUUUAAUUUCCGGCAUCGGCGAAUCCAACUUCGUUGCCGACAAAGAGAUUGACGUUUUCGCCCAGUCGCAAGACGAAAGCUACAAAACUUCGUUCGCUGCUGUGGUCACAUCCAGCAUUACAGAUUAUCAACCUAACUUCAGCCUUUCUUCGGAAUGGAAAAUACCAUCAAAUAUUAAUUUAGCAGAUCCAUUAUUCUAUUCACCACAGCGGAUUGACUUGCUUAUUGGCGCAGGUUUGUUUUUUGAUUUGAUGUGCGUUGGCCAAAUUCGCAUUGCUAGUAAUUUGCCAAUACUGCAAAAAACUCGACUGGGUUGGGUUGUCUCAGGUGGUGUUUCAUAUACCAACAAACAAUCAUCGUCACUCGCUGCUUGCAGCAAAAACAUAUCUGAACAACAACAAACCAACAACUCAUUGCACGAUAUCGUUAAACGAUUCUGGGAAAUAGAGAAUUGCUUCGACUCUACUCCCCCACCAUCUGAAGAAGACGAUUGGUGCGAGCAACAUUUCAAAGAAAAUUUCUCUCGGCUAGCCUCGGGAGAGUAUUCAGUGCGUUUGCCUACAAAAACAGAUUUAAGUGCUCUUGGCGACUCAUAUAAUCAUGCGCUUCGUAGAUUUAAAAACUUAGAGCGAAAAUUGGAAAAUAAUCAUGACCGAAAAACUCAAUAUAUUUCGUUUAUGAAUGAGUAUAAAUUGCUGAACCAUAUGUCACUGGCAAAGCUUCUAGCAACAACAAAAACAUAUUUUCUACCGUACCAUUGCGUGCAAAAGCUUGACAGCACAACGACGAAGCUUCGCGUUGUAUUCGAUGGCUCCGCGAAAACAACAACGGGCCACUUGCUGAAUGACCUCUUGCUAGCAGGUCCAACUAUUCAACCAAAGCUGUUAAAAACUCUUUUAUAA